GAAGGACACGAGCAAAUCAUGUGCAACGGUGUUAGUUCUAUGCCUUUUCCUCGGUCAAGGGCCAAGCGAAGACCACUGAUUUAUCGCCGUGGUUUUUCAUUUCCUCGGCACUCUUCCUGCAUCCUUCCCUCCAAAAUCGCCGAUCCCAGUUUGCAGGUUCCGACCGCUCCGGUCUUCUCGCUUUCAGACCAUAUUAUACAACCAGAUAAUGGUUCGUGGAAGAGAUGCAUGUUGGGAACACUGUGUCCUGGUUGAUGCAACAAAGCAGAAGGUUAGGUGUAAUUAUUGUCAACGGGAGUUCAGUGGAGGCGUAUACAGGAUGAAGUUUCACUUAGCUCAAAUUAAAAACAAAGAUAUAGUCCCCUGCACAGAAGUUCCGACUGAUGUGCGAGAUAACAUUUUAAGCAUAAUAAGCACUCCCAAGAAACAGAAAACUCCCAAGAAACCAAGGGUUGAUAAGGCACUUGCAGCCAAUGGUCAACAGAAUAGCUCCUCUGCUAGUGGUGGCUUCCAUCCUAACGAUGGGACUAGCGGACAGAACGGAAGCACAUCCCCGUCUUUGUUGUUUCCCUGCCCUUCACCAGCGGCACACCUAGAAGUGGGUGAUGCUCAAAAGCAAAAGAAGGAUGUUGCUGAUAAAAAAAUUGCUGUUUUUUUCUUCCACAAUUCUGUCCCUUUUAGUGCUGCUAAAUCCAUAUAUUAUCAGGAAAUGGUGGAUGCUGUAGCAGAGUGUGGGGUGGACUACAAAGCCCCAAGCUACGAAAGCCUACGAUCUUCUCUUCUGGAAAAAGUCAAAGGUGAUAUACAUGAUUGCUGCAAGAAAUACAGAGAUGAAUGGAAAGAAACAGGGUGCACUAUAUUAUGUGAUAGCUGGUCUGAUGGUAGGAACAAAUCACUUGUAAUAUUCUCGGUUACAUAUCCGAAGGGAACUCUGUUUCUGAAGUCAGUUGAUGUAUCGGGUCAUGAAGACGAUGCUACUUACUUGUUUGAGCUAAUUGAGUCUGUUGUCUUGGAGGUUGGUGUUGAGAAUGUUGUGCAAGUUAUAACGAAUACUACUGCCAGUUAUGUUUACGCAGGAAGACUUCUUAUGGCCAAGUACAACUCAUUGUUUUGGUCUCCUUGUGCGUCUUAUUGUAUUAAUAAGAUGCUGGAGGAUAUCGGUAAACAGGAGUGGGUGGCUACAGUUCUGGAAGAGGCAAAGACCAUCGCUAGGUUCAUAUACAGUCAUCCAUGGACUUUGAGUACGAUGAGAAAAUUCACUGGUGGAAUGGAAUUGCUAAGGCCAAAAAUUACUAGAUUCGUGACUAAUUUCCUCACCUUGAGGUCCAUUGUGAUUCAGGAGGACAAUCUAAAGCACAUGUUUUCCUUGUCUUCAGUAUAUAGUAGACACCCCGAGGCUCAAGCUAUUAAGUCGUUGUUGUAUUUAGAGAGAUUUUGGAAGCAUGCACGAGAAGCUGUGAGUAUUUCUGAACCGCUACUUAAAAUCCUUAGGGUUGUUGACGGGGAUAUGCCAGCUAUGGGGUACAUGUUUGAAGGAAUAGAGAGGGCAAAAGUUGCAAUAAGGACCCAUUAUAAGGGUAUCGAAGAGAAAUAUAUGCUGAUCUGGGAUAUAAUUGAUCAGAGAUGGAAUAUGCAGCUUCACUCGUCCUUGCAUGCAGCGGCAGCCUCCCUUAACCCUUCGGUAUUCUACAGUCCAAACUUUAAGAUUGAUUUAAGGAUGAGAAAUGGGUUUCAAGAAACUAUGUUGAGGAUGGCUACCACACAUGACGAUAGAAUGGAAGUAACAAAAGAACAUCCUAUGUAUGUUAAUGCACAAGGUGCUUUUGGGACGGAUUUUGCAAUCAUGGGAAGGACACUGAAUUCCCCAGGAGAUUGGUGGGCAGGUUAUGGUUAUGAAAUUCCCACAAUCCAGAGAUGUGCGAUACGGAUACUGAGCCAACCAUGUAGCUCCCAUUGGUGCUGUUGGAACUGGACCACCUUCGAGAGCAUGCACAGCAAGAAACGCAACCGACGAGAGCUGGAAAUUUUCAAUGAUCUGGUUUUCGUACACUGCAACCUUUGGUUGCAGUCUAUUUAUCACCACAGAGAUGAGAAAUGCAAACCCAUUGUGUUUGAUGAAGUAGAUGUAAGUUCUCAAUGGCCUACUGAGUUGGAUUCUUCUGCCCCACUUUUGGAUGAUUCAUGGCUCGACAACUUACCCCUUGAAUGUAGAGGUAGUCCCUAAAAUUGUUGAGGGAGAAAAAGCGAAGUACUAUAUAUAUGUAUAUUCAUAUACGCAUGUAUAUAAUAUGUGUUUUUGAUUAGGUAAUUUUGUAUGAUAUUGUCAGUGAUUUCCGCACACUUUAUUUGUUUAUGUCCAUGGAUUAUCAUUUA